CUCCUCCAGCUGCAAGUGGCGGGCGCCCGGGCAGAUGCGAUCCAGCGGCUCCGGGAGCGGCGGCGGCGGUGGCAGCUGACGACCUCUGCCGCCUCUAUCCGGGGUGUCGCGGGGCACCGAGACACCUUCCCACCGCCUUCUGGCCGAAGACCCGAAGCCACCGGCGCGGAGAUAGGUGAGCCGAAGGCGAGAUCCCGGCCUCCCUGCGCUGGAUGCUUCCACUCCGCGGCCGCCGCCGGGGCGGCCCUGGAGCCUGCGAGCGAACUCCUGGGAGCCGAGGCGCGGGCCACGGCGAGGACGCCGCAAACUUGCGCGCCGGCGGCUGCAGCCUGAGCCUCUCCACCGCAGCGGCAGGACUCGCACUCACGCCCAGAAGUUCGGGGGGCGGUGCAGUCGCCUGGGGGCGUGCGCGGUAGCAAUCCUCUCCCGCGAUUCUUAACCCAGACCCCGGGCAAGGAGAUCAGAGGAGCGGAAAGGAACCGCAGGAGGUGGCCAGGACAGCAGACACCUGCUCAAGGCCGAGGCUUCCAGCCGGGAAAGUUGCAAAGGAUUGGAGGCUGCCUGGAGGACAGACAGACCCCAGCUCCGGCCGCGGGGGGCAGGAGAGGACAGCGCCCGGUUGCCACCUCCCUUCCAGCGUAGUAGUUUCUAGUCUGGGAGCACAGCGAGCUACAAACGGGGGCGCGGCACUUGGCUUGGCGAGCGAGAGGCGCGGGGUCCAGCUGUUGAGUCCAGACAGCUUCAGUCUCUGGACUCCCGCCUGGCUCCCGGCUCCGUCUUAUUCAGACCGCAGCUAGGGUAAACCUAGAGACUCGGUUGCGCACGGUGCCCCAGGGACAGGUGGGAAGAGCCCUUCAGGAUCAAGGACUAUUCGAAGCCCUUCCUGUUUGGGGGAAAGCUGGGGGUGAGGCUGGGCUCCCCAGAGUUUGAGACUAGUUCAAACAGCUCUGCUCUGGCGGGAUGGCAGCCUUGCGUCUCCUGUGGCUCCUGCCACUGCUCUCUGCGGUAGUCUCGGGCUCCGGGGCCUCGCCUGGCCAUCGCGCGGGGUCACCGGCUGCAGGGCCGCCGCUGCAGCCCCGGGAGCCGCUCAGCUACUCGCGCCUGCAGAGGAAGAGCCUGGCGGUGGACUUCGUGGUGCCCUCUCUCUUCCGCGUCUACGCCCGCGACCUGCUGCUACCGCCGCCAUCUCCCUCGGAACCGAACACUGGCCGCCCGGGAGAGAGUGGCUGGCUGGCUCUCGACUGCGCACCGCUGCUCAGGCUGCUGGGGUCGCCGUCUGGGGUCUCCGGGACAGCGGGCGACACCUCGCCGUCUCCAGCAGCGGCGCCGACGCUGUCCAGGGUGCUGAAGGGCGGCUCGGUGCGCAAACUCAGGCGCGCCAAGCAGCUGGUGCUGGAGCUGGGCGAGGAGGCCAUCCUUGAGGGCUGCCUUGGGCCCCCAGACGAGGCGGCUGUGGGACUGCUCCAGUUCAACCUCAGCGAGCUGUUCAGCUGGUGGAUUCGCCACGGCGAAGGGCGACUGAGAAUCCGCCUGAUGCCCGAGAAGAAGGCGUCGGAAGGAGGGAGAGAGGGAAGGCUGUCCGCGGCGAUCCGCGCCUCCCAGCCCCGCCUUCUCUUCCAGAUCUACGGGACCGGUCGUAGUACCUUGGAGCCUCCAACAAACACGCCUACUCCUCCUGAUUAUUUUUUGUGGAAUCUGACCUGGAUCAUGAAAGAUUCCUUCCCUUUCCUGUCUCAUCGCAGCCGAUAUGGUUUGGAGUGCAGCUUUGACUUUCCCUGUGAGCUGGAGUAUUCUCCUCCACUGCAUGACCGUGGAAACCAGAGCUGGUCCUGGCGCCGUGUACCCUCUGAGGAGGCCUCGCAGAUGGACUUGUUGGAUGGACCUGAAGCAGAACAUUCUAAGGAGAUGCCCAGAGGCUCCUUCCUCCUCCUCAACACCUCCGCAGACUCCAAACAUACCAUUCUCAGCCCGUGGAUGAGGAGCAGCAGUGAGCACUGCACCCUGGCUGUCUCCGUGCACAGACACCUGCAGCCUUCUGGGAGGUACAUCGCCCAGCUGCUGCCCCACAAUGAGGCUGGAAGAGAGAUUCUCCUGGUACCCACACCAGGGAAGCAUGGCUGGACAGUGCUGCAUGGAAGAAUCGGGCGCCCAGAGCACCCCUUCCGAGUGGCCCUGGAAUACGUCUCCAGUGGAAACCGAAGCCUGUCUGCAGUGGACUUCUUUGCUCUGAAGAACUGCAGUGAAGGAACGUCCCCAGGCUCCAAGAUGGCCCUGCAGAGCUCCUUCACUUGUUGGAAUGGGACAGUCCUCCAGCUCGGGCAGGCCUGCGACUUCCACCGGGACUGCGCCCAGGGAGAAGAUGAGGGCCAGCUGUGCAGUCAACUUCCUGCUAGUUUUUACUGCCACUUUGAGGAUGGUUUCUGCGGCUGGACCCAAGGCACCUUCUCACCCGAUGUGCCCCGGUGGCAGGUCAGGACCCUGAAGGAUGCUUGGUCCCAGGACCACCAAGACCAUGCCCUGUUGCUCAGCACCACUGAGAUCCCGGGUCCUGAAAGUGCUACCGUUACCAGUGCCACAUUUCCUGCACCAAUGAAGAAUUCUCCAUGUGAGCUCAGAAUGUCCUGGCUCAUCCGUGGAGCCUUAAGGGGAAACGUGUCCUUGGUGCUGGUGGAGAAUAAAACCGGCAAGGAACAAAGCAGGAUGGUCUGGCACGUGGCCACCAACAAAGACUUGAGCUUGUGGCAGUGGACAGUGCUUCCUCUCCUCAACGUGUCCGACAGGUUCUGGCUGCAGAUGGUCGCUUGGUGGGGACAAGGAUCCAGAGCCACGGUGGCUUUUGACAACAUCUCCAUCAGUCUGGACUGCUACCUCACCAUCAGUGGAGAGGACAAGCUGCUCCAGGGUGAAGAGCCCAAAUCAAGAAACCUGUAUGACAGACCCCCUGACAAGGAGCCACCUUCGGAAAUCGUACCGAGACAGACGGCCACCUUUGACCCUACAGUUCACUGGCUAUUCACCACGUGCGGGGCGAGUGGGCCCCACGGCCCCACUCAGACCCAGUGCAACAACGCCUACCAGAACUCCAACCUGAGCGUGAUGGUGGGGAGCGAAGGGCCCUUGAAGGGCGUCCAGAUCUGGAAAGUGCCAGCCACCGACACCUACAGCAUCUCAUGCUAUGGUGCUGCCGGCGGGAAAGGCGGGAAGAACACCAUGAUACGGUCCCAUGGAGUGUCUGUGCUGGGCAUCUUCAACCUGGAGAAGGACGACGUGCUCUACAUCCUCGUCGGGCAGCAGGGAGAGGACGCCUGCCCCAGCACAAACCACUUAAUCCAGAAAGUCUGUGUUGGAGAGAGCAAUGUGAUAGAAGAAGAAAUUCGCGUGAACAGAAGCGUGCAUGAGUGGGCAGGAGGAGGCGGAGGAGGGGGUGGAGCCACCUACGUGUUUAAGAUGAAGGACGGAGUGCCCGUGCCCCUCAUCAUUGCAGCCGGUGGCGGUGGCAGGGCCUACGGGGCCAAGACAGACACGUUCCACCCAGAGAGACUGGAGAAUAACUCCUCGGUUCUGGGGCUGAACGGCAAUUCCGGAGCCGCAGGUGGUGGAGGUGGCUGGGAUGAUAACACUUCCUUGCUCUGGGCCGGAAAAUCUUUGUUGGAGGGCGCUACUGGAGGACAUGCCUGCCCCCAGGCCAUGAAGAAGUGGGGGUGGGAGACAAGAGGGGGUUUCGGAGGGGGUGGCGGGGGGUGCUCCUCAGGUGGAGGAGGCGGAGGAUAUAUAGGUGGCAAUGCAGCCUCCAACAAUGACCCUGAAAUGGACGGGGAAGAUGGGGUUUCCUUCAUCAGCCCCCUGGGCAUCCUGUACACCCCAGCUUUAAAAGUGAUGGAGGGCCAUGGGGAAGUGAAUAUUAAGCAUUACCUAAACUGCAGUCACUGUGAGGUAGACGAAUGUCACAUGGACCCUGAGAGCCACAAGGUCAUCUGCUUCUGUGACCAUGGGACGGUGCUGGCUGAGGAUGGAGUCUCCUGCAUUGUGUCGCCCACCCCAGAACCCCACCUGCCUCUCUCGCUGAUCCUCUCCGUGGUGACCUCUGCCCUGGUGGCCGCCCUUGUCCUGGCUUUCUCUGGCAUCAUGAUAGUGUACCGACGCAAGCACCAGGAGCUGCAAGCCAUGCAGAUGGAGCUGCAGAGCCCUGAGUACAAGCUCAGCAAGCUGCGCACCUCCACCAUCAUGACUGACUACAAUCCCAACUACUGCUUUGCUGGCAAGACCUCCUCCAUCAGUGACCUAAAAGAGGUGCCCCGGAAAAACAUCACCCUCAUUCGGGGUCUGGGCCACGGUGCAUUUGGCGAGGUGUAUGAAGGCCAGGUGUCUGGGAUGCCCAACGAUCCGAGCCCCCUGCAAGUGGCCGUGAAGACGCUGCCGGAAGUGUGCUCUGAACAGGACGAGCUCGACUUCCUCAUGGAAGCUCUGAUCAUCAGCAAAUUCAACCACCAGAACAUUGUGCGCUGUAUCGGGGUGAGUCUGCAAGCCCUGCCCCGCUUCAUCCUUCUGGAGCUCAUGGCAGGUGGAGACCUCAAGUCCUUCCUCCGGGAGACACGCCCUCGCCCAAGUCAGCCCUCCUCCCUGGCCAUGCUGGACCUUCUGCAUGUGGCUCGGGACAUUGCCUGUGGCUGUCAGUAUCUAGAGGAAAACCACUUCAUCCACCGAGACAUUGCUGCCAGGAACUGCCUCUUGACCUGUCCAGGCAGCGGAAGAAUAGCAAAGAUUGGAGAUUUUGGGAUGGCCCGAGACAUCUACAGAGCCAGCUACUACAGAAAAGGAGGGUGCGCCAUGCUGCCUGUCAAAUGGAUGCCCCCCGAGGCUUUCAUGGAAGGGAUAUUUACUUCGAAAACGGACACUUGGUCCUUUGGCGUCCUGCUGUGGGAAAUCUUCUCUCUGGGCUACAUGCCGUACCCCAGCAAAAGCAACCAGGAGGUUCUGGAGUUCGUCACCAGCGGAGGACGGAUGGACCCACCUAAGAACUGCCCCGGGCCUGUGUACCGGAUAAUGACCCAGUGCUGGCAACACCAGCCUGAAGACAGACCCAAUUUUGCCAUAAUUUUGGAGAGGAUUGAAUACUGCACACAGGAUCCAGAUGUCAUCAACACUGCUCUGCCCAUAGAGUAUGGCCCGCCAGUGGAGGAGGAGGAGAAAGUGCCCAUGCGGCCCAAAGACCCUGAGGGGAUGCCUCCUCUGUUGGUGUCUCCCCAGCCGGCUAAGCAGGAGGAGGCACGCAUCCCGGCCCCAGCUCUGCCGCCACCCCUGUCCACCGUGGCCUCCUCUGAUAAGGCUGUGAAGAAGCCCACAGCUGCAGGGGUCUCGGUGCAGGGUCCCCGGGGGCCGGCUACAGCAGGGGGACAUGUUAACAUGGCAUUCGCUCAGUCGAACCCACCACCGGAGCUGCGCAGGGUCCAGGGAUCCAGAAACAAGCCGACCAGCUUGUGGAACCCAACUUAUGGCUCGUGGUUUACAGAGAAACCUGCCAAAAAGAACAAUCCUCCCCCCAAAAAGGAGCCGCAGCCGCGGGGCAGCACAGGCCGUGCAGAAAGCUGCACUGUGCCACCCAAUGCCACCACCUCCACUGGCAGACUUCCUGGGGCCUCCUUGCUGCUGGAGCCGUCCUCGCUGACCGCCAGCAUGAAGGAGGUGCCUCUGUUCCGGCUGCGUCACUUCCCUUGCGGGAAUGUCAACUACGGCUACCAACAGCAGGGCUUACCUUUAGAGGCCACCACCGCCCCUGGGGCUGGUCAUUACGAGGACACCAUUCUGAAGAACAAAAGCAACACUGGCCAACCUGGGCCCUGAGAGCCAAGCCCACAGGGAAGGGGAGGUCAUGGCUCCACCGCAAACCAGAGACCAAAUGUCACUUUCAUGAUGUGCCAACUUGUUUUGAAGUGCCACAUAACAUACUGUACAUUUAACAUGCUUUCCAAAGGUUCUGAGCAUGGGUUCACCUUAUUCUUUCAAACGAAAAAACGAGUGUUUGAUACUGGCCCAGACUGGUUGCAUAAGGUUUUCAUGCAUGGUGGUUGUAGAGUUCCUUAUGCUGCUUUUAAACUGUGUGUGCUCUGCUCCAGUGUAGUAAGAACUAGUUGCUUCUGUGUCUCAUAGUGAAAGUCGCAGCUCCCCCACCUUGUUGACGUGGACAUGAACAAUCUGAGGCGUGAGGGGAGCACAAUAAAGACCUUCAUUGUAAUGACUCCGCAUGGAGAAAGACAUUCUUCACUUGGAAAAGAAGAGUCACAAACUUCUGAGCAAAACAUCACUUUAGAUGGCUAGAUGCUUUUACCUGUACUGAUUCUUUGCCAAUUGUAAAAAAAAGCAAUGUCACGCGUAGUUCCAUAACAGAUAAAAAUGUAUAUAUUGUAUACUCAUCUAAAUGGAAUACAUACAUCCCAAGUGCUUUGAGUAUGGUAAAUCACUAGUAUAGAUCCAGAAUUCACCAACCCUAUCAAUAUACCUCAUGCCUUAAGAAAAUCCUGAUACUAAUAGUAAAUGAUUGAGUGUGAGGUUUCCCACUGAAUUUAAAACUCAAGACUUAAAUUAUUUUCAAACUUUCCACUAAUUCAGAUCUGGUCAUUAGAAGCAAAAAUUCUAAGCAGCAGUAAUACAUCAGAGCAUACAAACAUAUUCAUACGUGGGCAUAUGUAUCAGUAUACCAUAGACCAAAAACUUCUAACAGUUUCAGUUAUGAAACCCACCAAACUAAGCUCCUCCUUGCAGUGAUGGACAGGGUCCCGGGAUGAACAGCCCUGCAGGAGUCCCAGGAAAUACUAGUGCUGUAUCCUUUGUUCUCCUGUUCACCUGAGUGUUCUCUCCCUGAAUCACGUGAUCCCAGUACACUGGGAACACAAAUAUGAUGAAGUAUUCACAGCAUAAUUUCUGUAGCAACAAACUUACAUUAAAUAAAGAAUUUUUCCCUAGGCAGCAAUGAGGAAAGAGGUUUAGGGGUGCUUGGAGAGUUGGGGUUGACACCGCCGUGUGAUAGUGGGGGCUCUGAACCUGGAUUUCACAGACGAAAUUUAUUUCUAUGAAACUGAACUGGGAACCCAUUAAACUGUCCAUGCAAGAUCGUCUUUAUUCCUAAGUGUUCCUGGCCUUCUUUCUGUCUGCUUCUCCUCUGUUGGCAUGUCGCUUGUUUCCUGGGGGGCUGGACCACAGUCUCUGUUAGAAGGAAAGCGUUUUCAGUUACUUGCUAGGUAUGAAAUGUUCUCACACAGAAAGGCUGUGCAUGUGUGUGUGUGUGUGUGUGUGUAUGCGUGCGUGCGCCUGUGCCUUUCUUCCCACGUUCUCAGUUACGUCUCCAUCAGCAGUGUCACUUUGUAAGAGAGCCACUGUGUUCUAUGAGGGCACCAGACAUCAGUUCCUUUCCUCUAAGGCAGCUGCUGGUCCCAGAGCUGGCUCUGCACCUUCACGAGGGUACUUCUCAGCAUCUGCUUAAAUGCCAAAGUAUUUUUAUCUGCUCCAGAUGAAGUGGAAGCAUCAAUGGACUCAUCUCUAAAUAACUGUAUCAGCAAAGCUUUGGUUCAUGCCAAAUUUGUCUGACAUUUUGGUGAAAAGUAGUCCAAUUACAUAAAGCAUUCCAGCUCACAAAGCACCCAGAGGGGCUCUGGAACCUCUCACUUCGAGAAACACUCCCUAAAGGAUCAUAAGAGAUGAGCUUUCAGUGACUUGAGAAAAUGAUUCUAUACUUGUAAUGUGACCAGUUAAGCAGGAAAUAUGUCACACAGCGAAGUCAGUCAACCCUUCCUGGUAAUUAGUGAGGGGAAAAUCCUAUUCCUUUCCUCUCUACAAAUACAGGUUGUGCCUUAAGACCCCUGAGACUAAUGUGUUACUUUCCUUCUUCUGCACUGUCUAUUAAUGUCAUGUAAGUGCUAGCCAAAUCUCAUCAGCUAUGUACCUGGAUAAGUAAAUAAACAACUCCCCACUGAGA